AUGUCGGAAAUACGACGCCGGAAACAGCGAGGAAAGAUGGACGAGGCAAAAUUUAAAACGAAAGAUGGAAAGGCAAGCAAUGGCGUCCGUCUGCAGGAUGAAAGCUCCGAGAAAUAUAACUCUGUCUGGUUUUAUUUCAAUAUUUUGUUGGGAACAUGUUUUGCAUUAUAUAUUGGAUAUCGUUAUGCAGAAUAUAUGAAACAACUACAUGAGAAUGAUAUGUGGUUCUCAAAUAUUCAGGCAAGUUUGGCACCGUUUUUUGACUGGAUUUAAAUACCAGUAUAAUUAUUAUGCAUGAGUCAAUUCCAUGAGUAACCCCCCCCCCGGGACACUGCCGGGUAUUUUCUGGGCACACCACUCCCGGGGGCUGUGAAUUUGCUCGCAGAUUAGUGCACCAGGGCUGGACAUUGUUUGACGGCUAAAACACCCCCAGACAUUAAUGACACUAUGCAGACCUCUCAACUUUGCAGAGAAGUUAAGAGUGAGACUAGUACCGAAAAAAUUUUUUCCGGAAAAAUUAUUUCAGCGAAUUAUUUCACACCCCCCCCCCCUUACCAUGCAUAGCCAAAUUUUCUUGCUCCUGUAACAGUGUCAACAUUUUUGAAAUUGCAUGGCCACCAAUGACUAUUAAAACCCAGCCAAGUUUCAAUGAAACAGUUGUUCUAAUCUCAAUUUGUUUAUACUUACAGCAAUUAGAACGUGAGAUUUCUUUCCGGACAGAAUCUGGAUUAUAUUUCUCUUACUAUAAGCAAUUAGUGUUGGCUCCAUCUAUUGCAGAAGGUACAUUACUUAGUUCAUUGGUUUUCGUUUCACAAUGGAAAUUAAGUUGAAUGCAUACUGUAAUUUAAACAUCAAAGAUUUGUCAGGUACCAGUACUGUUGCAUUGAAAUUAUCUGAAUGCUGACUGUAAUUUUAGGUAUUCAUGACUUGAUGUAUGAUAACAAGACGGAACAUUUGAGAACGAUUAAUAUUCUGGAAAGAUUUAAUAUUUACCAAGAAGUCAUCCUGGGUGUUCUGUAUAGAUUAUCUCCUUGGAUGGUAUGUGUAGUCACCAUAAAACCUUUGACCUUGUCCUCAGAGCCAUAACCAACCAACAACCAAGUAAUUGACUGGCUGGUUGACUGAUCAAUUGAGUGAUGUAUACAUGUUUCUCUCCAAAUAUAUUAAUGUUUUUGAUCUUUGUUAUUUCUAGAAUUCAGUAGAGUAUGUGUAUUUCUACAUCAAUACAGUAUUUGGAUUGCAUGGACUAUACAUGAUUUCGCUAUUUGUCGCAUCAUGGUUAUUGAGUGGCUCAUGGUUGGCUGGUGUUCUGGCAACUUUCUUUUUUAUAUUUAAUAAGUAUGGCUUUUUUAUAGUACUUACCUUUUGUUUUAUUGUUCAUUUUGUCUUCCUUAUGUCAUAUGACAAUUUUCAUGGGCGAAACAGAGGGUGGUGACAACUUCCCUGGGCUCUAACAACCAAACAAUUACCCCUGGCUUGUAACUUGGUAUUGACCGUACUAGUCAAAUUUCCACUGUGUACAUCAUUCAAGGGUGUACCCCCCCCCUGCAUUUCAUUUUUUGUAGGGGUGCACCUGAUCUGUUACAUAAUACACGUAAAGAACAAUAGAAAUGACAUCAAUUGAACAAUAGAUCUAGAACAAAAAUUGAAAAACUUUUGAAACCCCCUUCCGCCCCAGUAAUGUCUAGUUUCUAUUUUAUUUUUAUAGAGUGGACACAACAAGGCUAUCAUUCACCAUUCCUCUAAGAGAAAGUUUUGGAUUUCCUUUUUUGUAUGCUCAAAUUGCCAUGGUUACAGCUUACUUUAAACAAAAUACUUCUACUUGGAAAGAGGUAAUUAGCAUUCUUCCUACAGAAGUGUCACCCUUCAUUUAGUGUGACUGCAGGAGGAAAGUCAGGAAACCAGAAUUGUAUUAACGUAAUCAUGAUAUUUCAUUAUCACAUGUCAGUGUUUUGUUUAUUUUGUUUAGAUGUUGUGUUUAUUUGUCAUCAGCAUUUUGACAUUUUUGUUUACUCUGGUUUGGCAAUUUGCACAGUUUAUCCUCCUGUUGCAAGCAAUGGCAUUUUUUGCUGUUUAUUCCCUCAAAUAUGUUCCCAGGCACAAGGUCAGUAGUAAUUUUAAACUAAUGGAUUUUAAACUAAUGAUACACGAGAUAGUGCAUUGUGUUAUUCAUCUCUGCAAGUAUCGAUGUUGUCUGAUCAUAUUUCACCUCAGUUACAAGUAUGAUAGCACCAUGAGUUUGCCUCGACCAAACACUGCAGGUGUUUGAUCCAGGUAUAGACCCAUUGCACAUGACGUCACAGCGCCUGUGACGAUGCAUCUGGAGGACAAAUUAGAAAUCUAUGCAUAAUAUAAGCAUAUAACUUUUGUAAACAAAACAAAUUUUGUAAAACUUUAUAAAAUUUCAGGUAGUUGAAUCCCCUCUCCAUCCCAGUUCUCCAUUUAUCCUAAUUUCUCCAUUUAGUACCUGAAGAUUUAAUCCCUCAUUAGCUUUAGAAACUGCUUAUACGAAGUAAAACUAUUUUUCAUGUUGUUUAGGUUCGUAAUAUGUUCAUCAUUAUAGUUGGUUCGCUAAUGGCAGUGUGUAUUCUACAGUUUAUGAAUGAUAUGAUCAUAAGAUCUUUGGCAUUGAGCUUUUCUUUGGCAUCACUGAUUGUGAUUGCUGUACAGGUACAGCAGGUUUGUUAUCUAAGUUUCUCUGAUCAAAAUAUAUUACAGUGAAAGUUCUAUAUAUUAGAGGCAAAUUACACCUUAAGGCCAUGUUACACGGUGCAAUUUUUCUUGCAACUUGCAAUGCAAUUCUACUCUUGAGAGAUAUAAAAUUGCCAAAUACGAGUCUUCAUUACACUCCGCUGAUGUUUUCUCAACAUAUCGAAAAUUCGUCACUGAUUAACAUCUCUCAAGAGUAGAAUUGCAUUGCAAGUUGCAAGAAAAAUUGCACCAUGUAACAUGGCCUUUAGUUUGGGUUCCUGUCAACCUGUCACUUGAAAAGUGUCUGUUUAAAAUUAACACACGUAACUGAAUAGCAUUAAAAACUUUAUUAAUUAAUUAAAGUUUUUAUUAGAAAACUUUGUUAAAGUUUUUUCUACUUUGAACUUUGUAGCAAACAAGUGCAGCUCGUGGUAUCGUGAGAAAUUUCUUCAGCCUCAUUGCACGUAUUGCUGCUGUUUUUAUGCUCACGUUUCUUCUCAAUGCUUUGUCAAAGGUCAGAAUGUUGUCUUCUUUUAUGCAUCAGCAGAUAUACUUGACCAACAUUGUAUUUUAACAUACAGUACAUGACCAUCACUGACUUCAUUUCAACCUACAUUUCAAGAUUCUUGUCCAGGCAAGUUCAGAUGAACAUAUCUUCAAGUUCCUGCGUGCUAAAUUUGGCUUUGACGCUCAAAGGUUCGUAUUUGCUCAUGAUUUUGGUUAUAUCCUUGGGUUAUAUCCUUGGGCUUCUGCUGCCACCGCUGUCGCUGGCUACCUUCUUAACAUUCCUUGUAGGAGGAAAACGGAGUAUCUGGAGCAUUGACUGAUCCUUUGUGCUGUACACAUUUACACUAUAACGCUACGACAAAUUUACCAUAGGGUAUUGAUUUGUAUUUGGAGUGCCAAGCGUAGUGGUCCGUAGUUGGUAGGCGGCUACGGCAAACCGUUAUAGUGUAAACACAAUACUAUUAAAAGGCCUGUUUAAGGUCCAUACACACCAGACGCGAUUCGACAACGCGACGCGAUUUUUUAGUUUUUGAAAGUUAAUAAACCAGCUGAGAGCAAAUUUUGAAAGAUAAUGCACACCAAAGCCCCGUUUACACUACGCUCAAUUUUUGGUACGGCACGGAUAAAAUUGGUACCCGUACCACUUUUUUGGUUCUUUAACUACCUAUUUAGCUAAGCCCCGUUUACACUACGCUUAAUUUUUGGUACCGUACCACUUUUUGGUUCCGGGACUACCUAAAUAGGUAGUCCAAGAACCAGAAAAGUGGUACGGGUACCAAUUUUAUCCGUACCGUACCAAAAAUUGAGCGUAGUGUAAACGGGGCUCAAAUAACUCAAAAUGUUAUACCGCUUCUAAAUAUUUGGAAAAUUUAAACUAGAAUCAAAGUUAUCGGUCAGUGAAAAUCGAAAAAUCGCGUCGCGUUGUCGAAUCGCGUCUGGUGUGUCUGGACCUUUACACUUGCAAUUUUUGCUGCGAUUUCUAGUGUGAUUUUCUCCUUCUGAUGGAUGUAAACGAGUACAGGAGUUACGAAUGUUCGGAGUGCAUGUACCUUCAUCUGAACAUUUGUAACUUAUCCACUCGUUCACAUCCAUCAGAAGAAGAAAAUCGCAGCAAAAAUUGCAAGUGUAAACGUAGCUUUAAGAACGCGGCCUAGGUGUCAUGGGAUCAUGUCUCCGUGGUAUCGAACCCACGAUCUCAGAGGCGAAAGGCACUUGCCAUCCUAAGAUUACUCCGGUCUUCCUUCAUAUGAAAUCAUCUUCAAUAUCUUUAGGGAUUUUGAUGCAAUGUUGUAUCUGUGUGAGGUGUCUUUCCGUAUGUUACCUCUGGACACAUACGGGCGUCUUACUCAUGGAAUCGUGUUCCCAUGUUAUGUCCUUGCUGUCAUUGUUGGUCUUGUUUUGUUAGGGAUUGCAGUCCUUCAGGAAUGGAGGUGAGGCAAAGGUUUUUUUCUUAGAGGAAAAUGUGUACGGGGCAUGUCCCCCUAUAUGGCUAUACGCAUUUAGCCGUUAAAAUUGACCGCUAGUUCAAACACGGAGUAACUGACUGACCCUAUAAGAGAAUCAAACGUUUCUACUUCUUUUUCUUCUUCUUGUUUCUUCUUCUUUUUUUUUUCAACUUGCAACAAAAUCUGAUUUCAACGCAUGUUAAGUAGAAAUGUUGACACAUGUUUGCCUCGUGAUUUGUAAUUUAUGUGUAAACAUUUUCAAUUAACAUGCGUAGAAAUCAGAUUUUGUUGCAAGUUGCAGCAAUUUUGUUGCCCGUAUUACUCCACCUUUAUGAACUGAACGACGAAACCCUAUGUAGAACUGAACGACAAACAUCCUACGAUUUCAUAUCUUAACUUUCAGUGAAGACUCAGAGACGCCAUCAUCAGACAACAUUAACACAGCAAUGAAGUCGAGACCUGACCUGGUCUACCAUCUCAUCCAAACAGCUUUCUUUGCUAUCAUGGCUGUAUCUACAUUAAGAUUCAAGUUUUUAUGGAUGCCUCAUAUUUGUGUCGUUGGCGCGGGAAUAUUUUGUAACCAGGCCUGGUGGAGGUUUUUGUUCUCUAAACUCCUUAUGCCUGGGAUUAAGGUAAGAACACAACUGAUCUCAGACGUAUACAGGAUUGUGCAUUGUUAACUGACGCCUAGAUAAUAGAAGUUCGUUUUUACUAAGAGGUAAUUAAUGUACAGGAAAAUCUUUCCAUAUUUUUUCGAGCCUUCGAGGAAUGAAGUCUCCCUAUCUGGGAACAAAAAAAACAUACAUGAAGGAAACUGAAAAUCGCCAUUUUAUCUGGAAUAAAAAAUUUCAAAUAGGCUUUGUAUUAAAUUAGGAGGAUACUGAGGAUUAUUUAUUUACCAGACAUUAUUUAUUUAGGGUAAAAUAUUUGGACAUUGUGUUCCAUUACUGCUCGUUGCGUUGGUGUUAUCCCAGGUAAAUAUAUCUAUUGUGAUUUUUAUCAUUUCAGUAACACAUUUAUAAUUAGAUUAAUUCUUCUUCUUUGUCUUUGAUAACCAGUAAUUAUUUUGCUUCAUUUAUUCAAUCUCAUCGCAGAGACUUCAAACAGCAUUAAAUGAAUUAAAAGACUUGAAGGAAUUUUAUGAUCCAGAUACUGUAGAGUUGAUGAAAUUUAUCAAGUAAGUCCAUGAUAUAAUAGAAUAGGCGUUGGGCUUGGAAGCCUUGGAUUCUUGCAAUAUGAUGUUGUCUGAUUAUAAUUGCGCCUCAAUCGCAUGCGAGAAGACUGCUUUCAAAGGGAUUUGACUUUGAAGCAAGUCUAGAUUGUUGUUGGUUCAAGUGAGGCCAAAAGCUACUGUUAAAAGUAAAGUAAAAUUAGGCGGAAAUUUUAUUUUAAAACUAUAAGAAUAUAAAAAGUUUAAAAGUUUAAACUUUUUAUAUUCUUAUAGUUUUAAAAUAAAAUUUCCGCCUAAUUUUACUUUACUUUUAACAGUAGCUUUUGGCCUCACUUGAACCAACAACAUUUAUAAAAUGCUACUGAAGGACAACUUUGUACGUUUAAUCAAGUCUAGAUUCUACCAAACACCACAGGUUUUCUCCCUUUAAUAACAAAUGUCCAUUAAUUACUUGUUUUUUUUGUGUACCUAUAAGAAAAACCUGUAUGAAUAAAAUAGUAGUUUUGAGCGCCCCUACUCUAGGGAAAGCAGUUUAGCACUGAUCUCUAGAGCUAUGAAGUACAGAUAAGUUUAGUUUGCUGAAGAUUCGUUCAGAACCUGUUAUUCCUUUUGCAGUGAGAAUACAGCCAAAGAUGCGUCAUUUAGUGGUAGUAUGCAGCUUCUGGCAGGAGUAAAACUGUGCACUGACAGACACAUCACAAAUCAUCCUCAUUAUGAAAAUAAAUUUUUAAGACUUCGAACAAAAGAUGUAAGUAUCAUAUUGGUAGGUUCAGUAUAAGCAGCAGGUGAUGGCAGGGUCUGAAAUAUGCAGUAUCCCGAUAUCCACGGGAGACUAAAAUUUGGUUUUGGAUACCAAACUGUGAAUGACUUGUAUCCCAACUGGAUACUAAGAAAAUUUCAAACAUUAGGAAAAUGUUAAGCACCUCUGACAGUCUCCUGAUAGCUUUUGAAUACUAUUUGAAUAAUACAUGCCACCCAAGCCUUUCCUCAUAUAAUGUGCAUUUUUGUGGAUUAAUUAAUUGUCUAGUUGUUGACAACUUGACUGUUGAAUCUACUGUUGUUACUGUAAUUUGUAACAGCGAGAGUUAUUGGAUGGGACAGGGUAUAAUACUUAUGGUAACCAGUAUCCAGAAGUGGGAUACUGCAUUCUCAGGGGGGAUACUAAACUUUGAAACCUGGUACCCCAGUUGGAUACUGAGAAAAUAUUUAAAUUUCAGACCCUGGAUGGUCAACUACAUGUUGACACUGGGAGGGAAAAGAAAAUUGAACUACAUCCGUUCAUUCUGUCUAUUUGCCUCAAAACGUAUGUUAUAAUGCCAAGAAUUAUUUUCUCAUUCUGGUAAAGUACAGGUUGACCACCAUAUACUGCGCUUGGAUGACAUUGUCCAGGAUUCGUAUCAGAAAACUUGAAAGUCCGGCAUACCUGUAGAUUUUAUUUUUGUGGAGGUAGCCAAUCUUCAAAUGGAGCUAGGCUAUGCCACAUCCUCGCAUCCAGAGCCCGUCUUACACGCGGUCAACAGAGCAUGACGAGGAUCGAGGGGUACGAGAAUGGGUUGCGCUGCAACUGCAGAUCACAAAAUUUAGCCUCCGAACGAGAACAAAAAGGCAAAGUGUGCCGCUAGAUAACUAGCUCCAAAUAAUUUUUGGAGUUAGCAACAACACAACAAGUAACUUGAAAGUCCUUGAAUUUAUAAAAUUUCUCCUCCUAAAGUCCUAGGGUUGCGCGUGCUUUCUAGAAAAUUUAUGUCAAUCAUUCUAUUUUCAACUUUUGUCUAGAUUUAUCAAAUGUACGCUCGCCGUACUCCGAGAGAUGUAUAUAUGAUCUUGAAGAAACAUGGCACAAAUUAUAUUAUUUUGGAAAACAGUAUUUGUUAUUCACGCAUUGAGAAAGGAUGUAAACUCAAGGAUAUCUUGGAUUAUGAUAAUGGUCACAUGAUCGAGGAUGGCGAAGUGGAGAAGGGUCUGGUACGUAGUCACGUGCCUCGGUUUUGUGACGCAAUCAAGAGAGAUCACGCUGGUUUUUCUCCGUAUUUCAAGAAAGUUUUUGCAAACAGAACGUUUCAUGUUUACAAAUUGGUAGAUAAAACGCCGUGA